UUUAAGAUAACUUCGAGCGUCAGUCAUGCUGGAUCAUGGCAUAGAGAUGCACUAUAUAUACGUCGACAUUUUAUUCCUGGGAAAGAAGAAGACGUGCAGAAAAUUCCCCAGAAACCCGGCCGUGAAGAUGCUGCGGUCCGUCGCGGCUCCGGGCGGCCGCGGGUCCGGCGGACGAGAGCGCGAUCGAGGCGAAACUUAAGGCGUGUGAAUGAUGCGCAGGAGAUCCUAUCAGAAGGCGCGGGCGGGCGGCUUGCGGGGCUCCGGCAGCCACUGAGGGCCACGCAGGGGUGGGUCUGCUGGCGAGGGCCGGGCGGGAGCGAUGGAUGCGUGCGGGACAUGGUGAUCGAGAAGGAGCAGCGGUUCCCGUGCCGCCAAGAAGAGCCGCGCCAGAUUCCUCCAGGAGGGACAUGACAGCGGCUCGCGACUGAAGCGCGCGGACGUGGAGCGCCACGCGGAGGCUGUAACCGCCCGUUCGCAGCGUCCCGUUGCAGCUGCGGCGGCGGCGGCAGCUUUGUUACCGCUCCAGGUGUGCAUGAGCCUCCGCGGUGCUCCCGGCUGCCCCUAUGGAUCGCCUCUAUGGAUCCCUUCAAAUCCCCCUUUAAAAACACGCCGAGCGCCUCCGCCGGGGCCGCCGGCCAGCAGCAGUCGAGUCCGAGAGCGGAGAGGGACGCGUCCCGGCGGGAGGCGCCGCGGAGCCCCGGCGAUGGCAGCAGCGCAGCCGUGGCGCCCUCGCGGCCGCAGCCGGUCACCGGCGGCGGCUACUGGACGGCCGUGUUCGACUACGACGCCGGAGCGGAGGACGAGCUGAGCCUGCGGAAGGGCGACCUGGUGGAGGUGCUCUCCAAGGACUCGCUCGUGUCGGGGGACGAGGGCUGGUGGACGGGCAGGAUCGAGGACCGGGUGGGCAUCUUCCCCAGCAGCUACGUGUGCGGCAGCGGCAGCGGCGGCGGCGGCGACAGCCCGGAGAAGAGCGGCGACGCGGCGCUGCAGGAGGGUCUCUGCGGCUACUCGGUCCCCCCGCUGCGGCUGCUGGAAAUUGAUUUCUCGGAGCUGGUGCUCGAGGAGAUCAUUGGGGUCGGGGGCUUCGGGAAGGUAUACAGGGCACUGUGGAGGGGCGCGGAGGUGGCGGUGAAGGCGGCACGGAGAGACCCCGAUGAGGACGCGGGCCAGACGGUGGAGAGUGUGCGACAGGAGGCCAAACUGUUCGCCAUGCUUCGUCACCCCAACAUCAUGGCCCUGGUGGGGGUGUGCCUGCAGGAGCCGAACCUCUGUCUGGUGAUGGAGUUCGCCCGUGGGGGCUCCCUCAACCGCGCCCUCUCGAGGAAGCGCAUCCCUCCCCACACGCUGGUGGAUUGGGCCGUACAGAUAGCCCGCGCCAUGCACUACCUGCACUGCCAGGUCAUCGUCCCCAUUAUACACCGGGACCUCAAGUCCAGCAACAUCCUGAUCCUGGAGAAGGUGGAGAACGAGGACUUGACCAAUAAGACACUGAAGAUCACCGACUUUGGCCUUGCACGGGAAUGGCACCGCACCACCAAGAUGAGCGCUGCAGGAACCUAUGCCUGGAUGGCCCCCGAGGUCAUCCGUUCCUCCACAUUUUCCAAGGGCAGCGAUGUUUGGAGUUACGGGGUGCUUCUCUGGGAGCUGUUGACUGGCGAGGUGCCGUUCCGAGGGAUCGACGGCCUGGCCGUGGCAUAUGGAGUGGCUAUGAACAAGUUGGCACUACCUAUUCCCUCCACGUGUCCCGAACCCUUUGCUCGAUUAAUGGAGGACUGCUGGAACCCGGACCCCCAUGCUCGGCCAUCAUUCACCAGCAUCCUUGACCAACUGACCGCCAUUGAGGAGUCUGGAUUCUUUGAGAUGCCCGCUGAAUCGUUCCACUCGCUCCAAGAUGACUGGAAGUUGGAGGUCCAAGAGAUGUUUGACCAGCUGAGGGCUAAGGAGAAGGAGCUGCGGUCAUGGGAAGAGGAGCUGUGCCGGGCCGCUUUGCAGCAGAAGAGCCAAGAGGAAGCACUGCGGCGGCGGGAGCAGGAGUUGGCUGAGCGAGAGAUCCACAUCCUAGAGCGGGAGCUUAACCUCAUCAUCCACCAGUUGUACCAGGAGAAACCACGGGUCGAGAGCCGGCAGGGCAAAUUUCGCCGCAGCCGACUCAAGCUGAGGGACGGUAACCGGAUCAGUCUGCCCUCAGAUUUCCAACACAAGAUCACAGUACAGGCUUCACCCUCAGUGGACCGGCGCCGGAGUUUGAUUGGUAGCAGCUCCAGCCCACCAACCAGCCCCCCGCUGCUGCCCCGCCUAAGAGCGAUACAGCUCACGCCCGGAGACAGUGGCAAAGCAUGGGGACGGAAUGCAGUUUUCCAGCUGGAUGAGGAGGACGAGAGGAAAGGCUUCCGAAGGAAAAGUCGUGCUUGGGGCAGCAGAGAGCAGCAGAGCACUGAGGACAGCGGAAAGGCUUUGCUGGAGGGCAACAGGCAGAGGUCAAGCAGUGCCCCGAACCUACGCCGGUCACCCCGGCAUAGUCCGGCUGUGCCAGGGGUGCCCAGUCUGGCAGAAAUGGAAAACGAAGACAGCUGUUGCUCUACUGAGGCGGUGGAGUCACCCAGCAGUUCCUACCUCUGCAUCCCCUUCCACAGGGAGGGGCACAUUUCGGAGGCCGCUAGCGGGGAGCAUGCCGUCGCCGGCCAUGCCCCGGACUCCGGUAGUGCGAGGAGGAGUCCGAGCGGGGGACGUCGCUCGGAGCUCGUUCUCUUGGGCUGCGGGGCCCUGCUGGCCGCAGUAGGACUAGGGUUUGAUCUGCUGGGUCUCAGCAAGCCGGAGGAGAGCAGCAAACCUCGUUGGGAGGGCUUCUUCCACAGGACUGGGGGCCAGAGGCGCAGCACCAGCCCUCCCACACGAAAGCUGUUUCGACGGGAAAGCCCGCUGAAGCCUCCUGCGCCGCUCCCUGAACGGGGCUUCCCUGCGUCCCUCACCCUGCUGUCCCUGUCCUCUGUAUCGGACUGCAACUCUACUCGUUCCCUGCUACGCUCUGAUAGCGAGGAGCUCCUGGUCUACAGACCUGCGUCCCCCCCGCUGCCCCCUCCUGUCGUGCCGCUCAACCCCCUGGUCAAUACACACCUGGAAAGCUUCAAGCGGCAUCCCCGGCAAUCGCUCACCCCCACCCACCUCCCCUCUGGUCCCGGCGGUUCGCGUAAUCUGCGUCGGACCCCAUCGGAUGGAGCCAUCAAGAGAGGGUGUCCUCCAAAUAAUACCCUCACACCCCCUGUCAAAGGGACUCCUGAAACUACAGCCAGGAGCCCUAAGGGGAUGAAAACUGAUGGUGCUGAGGUCCCCCGCUUGCCAGACCCCAAUGUGGUGUUCCCUCCAACACCCCGCCGCCGAUGCCCACCCGAGCGUCCGAAAACCCUAGACUUCUUGGCCCGGCCUCGCCCCUCGCCACGUGCCCUCCGUGAGGCCUGCUGGGGUGACUCCCCCGGGGGAAGGGGCAGAGGCGGAGGGCAGUGGAGUGGAGAGUCUCCGUCACACACCUCCAGUACAGAGACCCCACCCACGAUGGAGUUUGGUGGGGACGUGGCGGUCUUGCCCACACCCAUGGAGCCCCCCACCCCCUGUUCUCCACGGAAGUGCAGCAGUUUGCUGGAUCACAGAGAUGAAGGGCAGCUGCGAGAUGGAACCCUGCCCCUGUGCAUGCCUGAGCCAAGCCUGCCCAAAGACUCCCCCUACCGGCUCCGGCCUGGCUUCUGGUCCUAGCUCGCUUCCAGCCCUUCCUGGACAUCUGUGGAAGCAUCCCCCGGUAUAAUAUACACCUUUGGCAGAAGGCAAGAGAAAGGGCAAAAGAUGUGUGUGUUCUUUUAUGUACACUUACACUAAUGGAACAUACUUUUGGGGGGUGAUUUCACUACUUAGAAUCUCAUUCUGGAAACGUGUGGCUUUGGUACAAUAUGAAAAGGGCAAGAAGGAUGACUUUCAUCCUUU